AGGUCGAAGGUCGCGUUUCGUGCCGCUGCACUUUGUUCCGUUUGCGUGGUGUUGUCUCCGUCCAGUUUCGUCUCCUGUUAUCGUGCUGAAUGGCAAGUUCCGGUGACGAUUGUCCGACGACGAAGGUAAGUGGUUUUCCAUUCCAUGUCGUAGCUUGGUUAUUGGGGUUGGUCAUCUCGUAGCAUGCUUAUUUGGUUUGGGUUAAGGUUUGGGGUUGGUAUCCUUGUGUUGUGGUUCUUGGGUUAUUAGGUUUGGUUCUUUUGAUGAUUUUAUUUUGUUUUUUUGCAGUUGAGUGUUCGUCACUCUUUUUCGACAAAGUAUAUAUGUACUUUGAACGAACGAUUGACAAACGAGCAUCGGUCAUUGAUUGCGAGGACUCCAUUUGCGUGGUUUUUAGAUGUCAAUGUGAAUGUUAAAGUAGGUAGAAAUAUAUUGAGUGAGUUAUUGGGUAAGUGGGACGACUGUAGUAGUGGUUUUUUAGUUGGGAAUAAAGUUUUGAAUAUAAAUGAAAAUGAUAUUUAUUUAGGGUUGGGAUUGAGUACAGAUGGUGCAAAUAUUAACUUAAAGGAAGAGCUGGGCAAUACUGAAUGUGUGAAGUACAUAGGCAAAGGAACAAAGGAAUUGAAUUCGAUAUACAAAAUUCUAAUGCGAAAACAGAAGAAAAAGAUACCUUGUUCUCAUUUUUGUAGCCUUUACCUCCUUGUAGGGAUAAAUGAGAUUUUAUUUCCAAAACGUAGCGGGAAAGUGUUUCCCGUAAUGUUUAAUCUUGUUGACAACUUAGGUGGUUUGGGUAGUUAUUGUUGGGGUAGUGUAGUUUAUCGUUUUCUGUUACGUAGUUUGUGCAAAGCUUCAGAAGGCUUGAAGAAAGGCAAAGGUAUUUCAAACGUUUACGUUGAUGGUUGUGUUUACAUGCUGCAGGUAUGGUUUUUUGAGCUCUUUGUUCCACCAAAAGGUCCUAUUGAGAAAUUUCCACGAAUAUUGCAUUGGAUGAAUAUAAGUGUUGGAGACAAGUUUGUAAAACGGUGUAUGGAGACAGGUUUGGUUGUUGACGAUGUUUAUGGUGGUCCUUCAACGAAGGAUAAGGAGGAAUACAGACCAACACCUAAAAGAAAGGAUGCUAAACCAAGAGGAAAGAAGAAACAAAAAAGAAUUCGAAGAGAAACUUUUAUGCGUGCGUUAGAGGAACAAGAAUUUCUAAUUGAAGAACUUAAAAGGAGGGUUGCAACUUUGGAGGCACAAUUGGCUGAAGAGAAGGCAAGAAGGAAAAAUAAAGAUGAUGUUGGACAAAGUGUGCCUCGUACAGAACCAUCCGUGAACACUGGUUUUGUUUCCCCUACUGACAUUGUCAGAAAUGAACAACCUUUGAAGACGUAUGUUAGGGUUGGAUCACGAAGGCGUUACAAGGGAAGAGCACUUAGGACUCCAUACACCGGAACCGUAGUGCUUAGAAUAAAAAAUGAGUGAUAUGUGUAUUUAGUUGAUGGAAAAUGUUAUUUGGAAAGUAAUGAUAAUUGUAAGCAUUGUAAAUAGAUUAAGAAAACAAUGUUUAAUG